UAAAGAUUUGUGAAGAAACUGGAUAUAGUUUAUACGAAAUGAAAGUUCUUGUGUUUAUAGCCUUGUUCCAAACAUACGCAUAUUGUAAAGAACCAUCCAAACAGCGCAGCGUCAACCUAGCACUAGAAACCAUUCUAGAAUUCGACAACAACGAAAACUCUGCUGAUGUCAACAUAAUCGAUAAAGUGCGAAGCUUCCUGGACCGAGUCAAGAUGGUCAUUGACAAAAAUAGUGUAUACAGACGGAAUCUGCCAAGGGGACGCUUGAAAUUUACUGAUUUCAUCAAACAUGUGAUAGGCAUUUUGAGUACUUACGAUGAUAGUGAUUUGGAAGACGUCCUCACGAUUGUAGACGAUGAAAUGAGGAAGUAUCACUACAAAGGCUGCAAAUUUCAUGAAUUAGUAGAAGAUAUCAACGUGAGAAGAUUCAUGGCUGAUAAUUUGGAGAAGAUGAAGAAUGCUCCAGCUAAAGUGGUUAAGGAUGAAUUGCAGAAGAUGCUUAAGAAAUUUGAGGAUGAUAACAUGGGGCUGAUGCAGAAAACGGUAAUGGAUUACGUGAAUACUCUGUACGGAGCCAAAUCCGAUGCUAAGUUUAAGGAAGUUCUUAACAAUUUAGCAUUGUAUAAGAGUAAGUCGAAGAGGUCUAGUGUAAACUUAGUGAAGGUCGUCAGAGAUGGAAUUAGAUCUAUCAUCUUCGACCACUACAGCUCGUUGGAGCCUCAAAGACGUCGCGAUCUGAAAAUUAAGCUGGAAACCUUUUGGAACGACUACGGUCAUCCUGAGAGAAGUCACCACUACGUGUGGCAGUUUAGACCUUUCAACAACGAUGAAACCAAAAAAAAAGACAAUCAUGUAGAAGGAGAAGAGUCUGCUAGUUACGAAUUAAAAACUACCCCUAAACGUCAUAAGCAUGCCAAAAAUGUACCAAAACAUAAACCAGAUAGAAAAGUGAAGAGAGAACGUGAUGAUGGAACUACGAGAAGGCGUCUAACUUUUAUCACUCUGUACCCUGAAUCGAUAACGUUCUUGGAGAAACGUCGGCACAAGAAGAAGUCGACUACAAAGAAGAUAAACGUUCGUUCGAAGGAACAUAGGAGCAAGUCUAGACAUAGGAAGAAACAUAAGCCAGUUAGGGAGAUAGUGGCAGAGCAUGAAGCGGUGAUAAAUGUAGAGAGAGAACAGUUCAUUGACACGGAUGAUGAGCCGACCACUGUUAGGAGUCAUAAGAAGACAAGAUUUGUCAAAACAUCAAGGAACAAAAAGAAAAGAUAUCACUCAAUCGAAAGAACGAAUAGUUACAAGAAACAAAAGAAAUCUAAAAAGCCACGAUUUGAACAUCACACCGAAGAGUUUAGAAGACAUAAACUUACUUCAAAAUUGGAAUCUGACGAAGGCCUCUCAAUCAGCUUUGAUGAUGAAGAUGCUAGUGAUGUCGUCACAAAAUCAUUUAGAAAAAGCAAUGCCAAUGAUACUUUACAGGUUAACCAUACUGCUGGUUCAAACAAUACGACAGCCAAUGCAGUACCAGUAGCAGACACAGUAAUAAAACGUAUAGACCACCUUGAAAAAGAAAUAAAAGAUGUAAAAGAACAGAUGAAGGUUCGCAAAGAAUCGGAUGAAACGCCUCACUAUGAACCUUUAGACUUCUGGGUAGGGACUACUAAGCCAGCCACCACUAAAAGCACAACCAAACCUACUACAACUAGACCUACAACGACUAAAACGACUAGAGUUACUACUACAACAACUAGACCUAAGACUACUACAGCAAGAACUACCCAAUCUACAACUAGAGUAGUGGACAAUACGUUUGCAUACGACAGUGCAGUAUUUAGAGCGAAUCCGACAAAUGGAACGAAAGAUGAGAAGAAAACUCCCAAAAAAGAAGAAAAAACUACCGUAAAAGAGGUGACACACAAAAAGGUCACUGAAAAAAACGCUACGACAAAAAAGUCAACGGAAAAAAAGUCUACCGCAGAAGUCACCGCAGAAAAAAAAGAAGGAGAAAGUUUACCAGGAGGGAUGCCUAUGCCACAUGCUGAUAGCGAUCCAUUAAAAUUAGAUCAACCAGUAGAAGACGAUUAUUACAACGACAUAGAUGGGGCUAACAUGAAUUUAACCCGUUUUGAAGAUAUUGAGAAGUAUUUGAACGAAACGAAUCCAGUGCACGACCAAACUGGGUCUAUGGUUCGUCAGCAAAUGCUGGACAAAUUGAAAGGCCUAUUUGCAGGGAGUCCGGUAUUGAACAAUGCUACAGAUUACAUACCAACUUUACCACCGAUUCCUUCAUUGAAUGAGGAGGGGACGGAGCCAUUAAAGUUCCUGGAUGAAGUUGAUUUAACAAAUAAAUAA